GCCUGUGCACAUUGCACAAAGCAGUGCGCUUACAGUGAAGCACAAACACACCCAGCACACAGUUAACCCUUUGAUCACCCCUCAUGUUAACCCCUUCCUGCCCAGUGCCAUUAGUACAGUGUCAGUGCUUUUUUUUAGCACUGAUCACUGUAUUGGUGUCACUGGGGAUGUCAGUGACAUCAAGUCAGUUCCCCCCAGUGUCAGAAUGCCUGCCGUAGUCCUGCUAUAAGUCGCUGAUUGCCGCCAUUACUAGUAAAAAUAAAAAAUAAAAAUUCCAGUAUAUAUAGCGCUACUUGUAAAAGCUAUAAUUUUCACGUAAACCAAGUAAUUUA